AUGCCUUUUCGCGACCAGGAAUGGGAGGACCUGCAGCGCGACUACGACAUCUUCCCCGCCUAUAGCGACUAUAUUUACGGAGCCGAUGGGCGCCUUGUCGUGACCCAGGAACCCGGCCUUCACCCUAUGAUAUAUCCCAGAGACAUAUCUGCGCCUAUUCGUUACACCAAUAGUAUGCCAUCUCGAUCUUGGUCUCACAAGACCGCCGAGGGCCUUGAGAAGUCGAACAAAGCGGCUACGCAAACGCUGGCGGCAGGACAGGACGAGAUCGGCGACAGCGACAGCGACAUCAGCGGUACAAACAAUGGUAGUAGUACGCCCGGCUUGGAUGUGCGUUCGCAAACUGGUAGUCCUCUAAACCCGCUGCUACCUCCGCAAGGCGUUCACACUGUCUCUGAGAAGGAGAUGGCGCGACGGAAGACGUUGAAUGCAUCGCAGCGCCGCCCUCGGUCUAGAAUCGUAGUUCCUUUCAGUCCAUUACAGCAGCAACAGUCGGUGAGAUUGACCAAACAGCAGACGCAGACCAGGAACACAUCGGUCGCACGCAGGCCUGAAGGUCAGCCACACCAGCCAUCCCUAUUGCGCUCACCGUCUACUACCGAUAUCGAUGAGAAUCCAGCACCGAGAGCGUUGCUUCAAAAGCGGGGCAUGCUUUCACCUUUCGCGUCACCGGCGCCAAUGCUAGAUCCGCCAGCAAACCUGUCUCAACAACAACCACAGCGUGCCACUGACCUGCCCAACAACUUCCCUCUUCCUUCCACUCCAAAUGAUCCUCCAAAAUCGAGCCACGAGAUCCCCCCUCUCCAAGCGAAUGAUAUAUUACAUAAUCCACGCUACGACUACCUCCAUUCCGACAAGCGCAUGCAGAUUGCGAAGAUACUCGUCGACCGUUGGGUCGUGGUGCGGGAAUCUCCUCCACAUAGUGCUCUACGAGCAAAGGCGAUAUUGGAUAUUCGAAAUGUCACCAUGAUGGUCAAUAAGUCAGUACCUAACCUACAGGCCGUGACGGAGUUGCAGAAGCAAAGGGCACAGCAGCUCAAGACGCAGGCGGCUCUUGAAGUGCAGACGCUCCAGGUAAAUCAAAUUCAACAGCCUCAACAGAUAUCUCAGGCUCCACAAGUGUACAUCCAACCUCGCCUCCAGCCAGAUGUCUCAUCUCCGCAACCCACCCAAUUGUCUCCGAGCCAACCUCUCCAGCAGCCCGCUCCUCGAGAACCAUACUACAGUAUCCCUCAACCGGCACAUCAGAUGCAGCUGCCUCAGCAAUACACACCUGAAGGUUAUCAGGCGCACUCCCAAGCACAGCAGCAAACCCACCAACGGUAUCAGCAGUCUCCAAAUCAGAACUUAAAUCUGAAUCCCACACAACCGCAAGCAUCCGCCCUGCUCCGCGCGAACAUCAAUCGCCAUAUCCCACAGGUUUGGCAGUGCCUACAGAUCGCGCGAAACCCCCCACAAACCGCACAGAACAAGGAGCAUGCGAAUCAGUGGCUGGGACAAUUCAGGAACAGUCUGUCAGUUGAGGGUCGUGAGUACUUCAUGCAGGUUAUGCAAAGGGCGUUGCUCGAGCAGAGACAGGGAAGAGAUGCGUUGGCGUUUCUAGGGCUUCACGAUUGGACAACCUAG